AUGGCGGCCAGUUGCGCUGGGCAGCGGUGGUGCAGCGGCGGCGUUGCGGCAGCCGGGCAGGAUGCGGACUCGGCCCGGAGAGAUGAAGGUAGUGACGGCAGCUUGAGUGACAGCCACAUAUCUCCUCCAGCCAAACGUACCUUAAAACAUGCUGAUUCGGUAUGCAAAGACAAAUCAAAAUCUCGCAGUACUGGGCAGCGAGAAGAAUGGAGCAUCUCAGCUGGACAGUCCCGGUUAGCUUCUCAGUCUGGUGCUACCUUACCAAAUGGGCGUAGUUUAUCUCUCAAAAGCUGUUCCCUUCGAGGGGAAAAAAAGGGAGACGGGGACCAUGCCUGUAUAAAUGGAGGCAGAGAAAUCAGAAAAAGUUGCCGAUCCAGAAAAAACAGAUUCGAAAGUUUGAAUCAGAGCUUAUUAUUUGACCAGCUGGUAAACAGUACUGCUGAAGCGGUUCUCCAGGAAAUGGACAAUAUUAACAUCAGACGGAACAGGCGAUCUGGAGAAGUGGAACGGUUACGCAUGUGGACGGAUACAGAAUUUGAAAACAUGGAUAUGUAUUCACGUGUAAAGAGGAGGAGGAAAUCAUUGAGGAGAAACAGCUAUGGAAUCCAGAACCACCACGAAGUUUCCACUGAAGGGGAAGAAGAAGAAUCUCAAGAAGAAGAUGGAGAUAUUGAAGCUGAGGAGGCAGAGGGAGAAGAAAAUGAUCGUCCCUAUAAUUUGAGACAAAGAAAAACAGUGGAAAGAUAUCAGGCACCUCCUAUAGUGCCAGCCCACCAGAAGAAAAGGGAAAAUGCAUUGUUUGACAUCCACAGGUCUCCUGCUAGAAGAAGCCACAUCAGGAGAAAAAAGCAUGCCAUUCAUAGCAGUGAUACAACCUCAUCAGAUGAAGAACGCUUUGAAAGAAGAAAAUCUAAGAGCAUGGCAAGGGCAAGGAACAGAUGUCUGCCUAUGAACUUCAGAGCCGAAGACUUGGCCAGUGGAAUCCUUCGCGAGCGAGUGAAAGUCGGUGCGAGCUUGGCGGAUGUAGACCCGAUGAUUCUCGACAAAUCAGUGCGCUUUGACAGCAUAGGGGGUUUAAGCAACCACAUUCAUGCACUUAAGGAAAUGGUUAUAUUUCCUCUUUUAUACCCUGAAAUCUUUGAGAAAUUCAAAAUUCAGCCACCGAGGGGCUGUUUAUUUUAUGGUCCUCCUGGAACAGGUAAAACUUUGGUAGCUAGAGCUCUGGCUAACGAAUGCACCCAAGGAGAGAGAAAGGUUGCUUUCUUUAUGAGGAAAGGAGCAGACUGUCUCAGCAAAUGGGUUGGAGAAUCUGAACGGCAACUCCGACUCCUGUUUGACCAAGCAUACCUAAUGAGGCCAUCCAUAAUCUUUUUUGAUGAAAUAGAUGGCUUGGCUCCAGUCCGUUCAAGCAGACAAGACCAGAUUCACAGCUCAAUAGUAUCUACUCUUCUUGCUCUCAUGGAUGGUCUGGACAACAGAGGCGAAAUUGUUGUCAUUGGUGCUACAAACAGACUUGAUUCUAUAGACCCAGCACUCAGGAGACCUGGUCGUUUUGACAGGGAAUUUCUUUUCAGCUUGCCAGAUCAAAAGGCAAGAAAGCACAUUUUACAAAUUCAUACCAGGGACUGGAACCCCAAAUUGUCAGAUCCAUUUUUAGGAGAGUUAGCUGAAAAAUGUGUUGGGUAUUGUGGAGCUGACAUAAAAGCACUUUGCACUGAGACGGCCUUGAUUGCCCUGCGACGGCGCUACCCUCAGAUCUACGCGAGCAGCCAGAAGCUGCAGCUGGACGUUUCUUCAAUAGUCCUCAGCGCACAAGAUUUUUACCACGCCAUGCAGAACAUUGUGCCUGCCUCUCAACGUGCCGUCAUGUCAUCGGGACACUCGCUAUCUCCCGUCGUAAGGCCGCUGUUGGAAAGGACCUUCAGUAACAUUCUGGCGGUUUUACAUAAAGUGUUUCCUCAUUCUGAGUUCAGUCAGGGUGACAAAAAAGAAGAGAUACCAAGUCUAAUUUUGGAUGACAGUGAAGAUGAAAACGUGUCAUCAAUAUUUGAGACAAGUUGCCAGUCAGGAUCACCAAAGAAACAAUUAUCAGCUGCUGUACAUAAAUCCUACCUUCAUUUUACGAUAUCAGCUUACCACCAGCCUACUGCUUACAGGCCAAGAUUACUGCUUUCUGGAGAAAGGGAUUCAGGUCAGACUUCGCACCUUGCUCCAGCCCUAUUGCACUCUUUGGAAAAAUUUGCUGUACACAGAUUAGAUCUGCCUGCACUCUAUUCAGUCAGUGCCAAAACACCUGAGGAGUCCUGUGCACAGAUCUUUCGUGAAGCAAGAAGAACACUACCAAGUAUUAUUUACAUGCCUCAGAUCGGUGAUUGGUGGGAAGCCGUCAGUGAAACUGUGAGAGCUACAUUUCUAACUUUGCUGCAAGAUAUACCAUCAUUCUCACCUAUAUUUCUACUCUCUACCUCUGAAACCAUGUAUAGUGAACUGCCUGAAGAGGUGAAAUGUAUCUUUAAAAUCCAGUACGAAGAGGUUUUUUACAUUCAGAGACCCAGUGAAGAAGACAGGCGGAAGUUUUUCCAAGAGCUGGUUCUAAACCAGGCGUCGAUGCCUCCUCCGAGAAGAAAGCAUACUGCUCUUUCUGAUAGGGAGGUCCUUCCCCUUGCCCUGCCGUCUCCGACCCGCCAGUUGUCAGAGGGGGAAAAGCAGCGUAUGGAAGACCAGGAAGAGAACACUCUGCGAGAGCUGCGCCUGUUUCUCAGGGACGUUACCAAGCGGCUGGCCACUGACAAGCGCUUUAACAUCUUCAGCAAACCGGUGGAUAUUGAAGAGGUUUCAGACUAUCUGGAAGUUAUCAAAGAGCCGAUGGACCUGUCUACGGUAAUAAGUAAAAUUGACAAACAGAACUAUUUAACAACAAAGGAUUUCCUCAUCGACAUUGAUCUCAUCUGCAGCAAUGCAUUGGAAUAUAAUCCUGACAAAGAUCCUGGGGAUAAAAUAAUUAGGCACCGAGCCUGUACUUUGAAGGAUACUGCUCAUGCUAUCAUUGCUGCUGAGUUGGAUCCAGAGUUCAAUAAAAUGUGCGAAGAAAUCAAGGAAGCAAGGAAAAAAAGAGGCUUAUCAGUAGCAGCAGAGCAAAUAAAUCCUCAUGACGCUGUACAGAAAACAGAAACCAGAAUUGAAGAGGCUUUUCAGAACAAACAAAAAAAUGCAAUGUCAGUCUGGCACAACUCCGCAAAUAAAUGCGCAUUUCGGUUAAGAAGGAAAUCAAGGCGCCGUUCACAGUGGGGCAAAGGCAUUAUUAAAAAGAGGAAAGUCAAUUAUCUGAAGAAAGAUGAGGAUGAUGCCAAAUUUGCCGAUGAUGAAAACCAGGGGGAGGACAGCAAGUUGCUGGAGAACGGAGAGCUGGAGGGAAGUACAGACUGCGUCGAGGAGAACGGAGAGGAGACAGGCGAUUUCUCUAUGACAAACGACGAGUCCUCUUGUGAUAUCAUGGAUAUACACGCAGUGCAAAGACUCAAUAAUGGGACAGUAGGGAAAGAAAAUAGUAUUCAGUCCACAGAGGAGAGUUCAAACGAAUCUCUGCUAGUGAGUAACAAGGUUACUGUGAAUGCAGGGAAGGACUCGAGAAAGGGGUCAUCGUUCAAGAGCGACUGUUUAAAUGGAGAGGUCUCUGAGGGCACACCGGCUCCAGCGUGUCAGGAUGACAAAUGCGAUUCGCUGAAUGCUGCUUCAUCUUCGGGCAUCCUCGACGCAUCCGCUCCCUUACAAAACACAGCCACUGACGAGCAACAAAAAGAAAACGCAGAAGCUUCCGGUGAGAGCCCGGAAGUCGAACUGAUAAAGCAGUCUGGUACUGAGGCACCACAAUGCAGCGAUAACGAAAAGAGAUUGCAGAGCGGUGAUACUGAAGCUAAAGAAACUGAAUCAGAUAAAGAAGGUACACUGAAAAAUAAAAGGCCUCGUAAAGUUUCUUUGGCCCAGGUUCCAGAAGAGCAGUUGGAUCCUGCACCUCCUGUAGUUGUUGACCGUGACAGAUUAAAGAACUUGCUCGAUUUGCUGGUUAAAAAAAGUGACAACUUGACUGUCGCUCAGCUUGAGAGGCUGUACUCACUUCUCAAUCAGUGUAUCUACCGGCAUCGUAAGGAUUAUGACAAGUCACAGCUUGUAGAGGAGAUGGAGAGAACUGUUCAUACAUUUGAAACAUUCCUGUGAACUCUUCAAGGCACGAGAGGUUGAUCUCUUCAUAAGCUGCUUGCAGGAGAGCAGUCUUCUGAGCCAUUCGAUUUCCAGUCGCACCAAGUAUAUGCAGAGCCUUGGUCUUCGCAUGCUUGCUCUCUUCUCACUUUCUGUUAUGAAUUUGGUGCUAUUGUCUCAGGUACCUGAAACCAGCCAGCCUACAAGAACCAAACGGAACUUCAUAAAUAUUUGUAUCUUGAUAUAAAUAAAGAAUACAAUGCCACAACUUGGGGAUAUUUUUUGUUUUGGUGCUACAGAAACUGCUGCUCAUUUCUGCUGUCUACAUGCAUUAUUUUGUGAGAAGCUUCGGGCAAAAUGGAGCCGGCUGAGGAGAAAACAGAAACAAAAACUUACCACACGCAGACUGGAUAAUGCUGAUCUAAAACUGAUUGUUUUGAAGUGGGCAACUUCUACAAUUUUACUUUCAGUUCCCCCCCCCCCUUUUUUUUGUUAUUCUCCGAGGUAACGGACUGAAGUUGGUGGUGAAGAAUUGUGGUAACAAUGAAUUAUUAACUUGGUAUACAAUAAUGUGAAGAUGAGGCUCUCUAGGGCUGCCUUCAAAUGUGCCUUUUUAGUCAGAGGAGGAGGAGGAGAAGGCUAUUCAAAUAGUUGGGAUUGUAGCCAGUGGCAGAGUUAGAAAGUUAUUUUCAAAAUCCUGUGUUCCCAAAGAACAGCUUUAGGUUCCCACACUGUCAAUCAGCAGAUUAUGUUUCAACAUUUCUGUGUUGCUCUGCAGAAGAUUAAAUUAUGGGGAAAAGACCUCUCAAAUUGGUUAAAAAAAUGCAUUUGUUUCACAGGUGUAUUUGGUUUUUAAAGCAAAUUACCUAGUGAAAAGUUUGCAGUGGUUUAAGGUGGCUGUAGUUAGGUUUUUACAUGUUCCAUCUUAUCUUUUAGAUCUUUAUUUAAAAACAAAGAUUUAUUUCCACACUUUCCGUUAUGUUGGAAGCUAAGACUAACUCGACGGCUGUACGCAGGAAAGAUGGUUUGUUCUGCAAAACCUUUACAGUAUGAAUUAGACUAGGCUCAUGUUCAGUUCAAUCCAUAUUGAAGCAUAUUGUUCAGUUCAAUCCAUAUUGAAGUAUUAGUGAGACAAUAACUGAAUGGCCAUUCUUCGGUUGACUACUGUUUUUUUUGGACCGCUGAAUUGGCCCGUAAGGGUUGCAGUUCUCUGGAGAGUAAUGAUAAGGUGAUAGUUCUCAAGCUCUGUUCUGUUUCGGGAAAGUAAAAAAGGUGGCCCACUCUAAACAGCAGGAAGUCCCUUCAACUUGUCUCCAAGACAGAUUUCUCUCAGACUACCCCAUAGAAAGAGAGGGGAAUAGGGGGAACACCUGGUAUUAAAUGUUGUGACGGGGAGAAUCCAUUGAUAACUUUACCUGAAACUGCAGGAGUGUCUUCUAAAAUAUGCAACUCAGUAACACUUCGUUGUAAAUCAAGCAAAAACAGUCUUGAACUGCCGCAGAGUCCUUCAGCUACCUCAGCUUUUUGUAUUUUCGUUACCAACAGUGUUUACAGAAAGCUGUAAUUGCUCUGCUGCUGUUCACCUGCUGAAAUUAGGGUACAUGUCACCCAGGUGUGUUGCUUAUUUGCAGUAAGUCACUGCUCAAAUUCAGAUGCCAGCCUCGGGCUGCUUCAGUGAUCCAAAGUGCAUUCUUUUGGUUCGAGAUUUUGACAGAUUCCAGCCAAAUCUUCCCCGAGCCCAUCCACGCCCAAAUACCACUUGUUUAGUUCUUAGUAUGCGUUUAGUCAACAGUGUUCAAAACACAACUCCUGUAGAAAAUGCUGUAUUUUUAGGUGGGAAAGUGCGAUUAAAAACAAAUACAUUUUAACCUAGUACUUUGUUCCUUUUUAGAAAUUUGAUUGUGGGGGACUUUUUCCAUUAUUUUUUUUCCAUUAGUAUUUAUUGCCAUCAACUCUGUUUAGGAUAUUUUGCUGACAAAUCCAUUAGCAUUUUGUAUUUUGAUGGAAAUUGUUACGAGACUCUUUAAAGAUUUGAAGAAAUAAAAAAAUGUAGCAGAUUUUUUGUAGCAAGUUUCUGGUAAAACAGUUUUUUGCAAGUCUCGGGUUCUUGCAGCAUUUUUUAAAAUAUUGUAGUUAGGAAAUUCCUUUGUUCAAGUAGCAGCAGCACUUGUGAAAAGAAAAAAAAAACUGCAUACAUUUUCUAACAGGUUGCUAAAUUUGUACAAGCAGAAAUAAUUUAAAUAUAGUAAUCAGAUAAUUUGAAGAGUAUCUUGAAUUUGUGUCCAGCAUUAAAAAUGCUUCCGACCAGUCAUUUAUUAAAAAAAAAAAUACAAUCUUUAGUAGUUUUUGAAUGUUGAUAAAGUGAGGAACAGCCUCUAAAUGUUUUAGAUCUUUCGGAAGAAUUAGCUUAUAUAAAUGUAUUAGUGGACAACAUGAAUAAAAUUAUAUAUUCUCCCUUUUGGCUCCAAAACUACACUAAUACGUAUAUUGUUUUUCUUUACUAAUAGCUUAGUGGUUGUAGGGUAAAACCUGUUUAUCUCUCCAUGUUGUCAAAGCUGUUUACUAUUUGUAAUUUUUUUUAUUAUUGUUUUUGCCACAUAAAAUUGGCAAUAAUUUGUACAAAUCAAUUCCUGUUCCUUGUUAUGAAUAUUACCAAUGAACUCCCGGGCAAGGCUUUCUCCUAGGGCCGGAUGGAGGUUAAAUUGCUGUGGGGCUAAUGACGGAACUGCUCUAAGACGAACUUGGCUAUGGAGUUUAAUUGUGUUUUGCAAGCUUGAAUUUCACCUGUGAUUAAUUUAUGUUUUGUGUCCUCUGUAUCGUUACUUGAGUUUUCUCAUAUGCCAAUGUAUUUAUUAUAGGAUUAUUGGUUUUGUUUUUUGCUAAUACCUCGUCUUCCCAUUCUUUUAAGUUGGAGGGUCAGUUCUGGCUUUGAUAUUUUGAAUGGCAGGUCCUGUAGCUGGUAGUCUCUUCUCUCCCUCCUUCCUUCGCCUCCACACUCUUAAUUUUUUUGUAAAUUCAACAUGAGCUUAGAUUUCAGCUUGUACCUGCUUCUCUUCUAUAUUGUACAUUGGUUUGCUUAGGCAAUGGGGGUGUCUUGUUUUUGAUUUCGUUCUUGUGUGUCUACUUUUGAAUUACGUAAGCUUACAUCAUCAGCUAUGGUAAAUUUUGGAUUCCAUAUGUUGUACUCAGAAUUGUGUUUCACUUGACUUCUUUUUCUUUUCUCUUUUUUUUGCAUCUCAACUUUAUUUUGCAUUAGUUAAGUAAAUUAUUUAAUUUUUUUUUUUGAAUUCCUGGAUAUUUUGAACAUUUUACUGUAAUUUGUAAUAUAACUGCUGUGAAAUACUUGAAUAAAGAUGACAAGUAAGAUGGG